CGAGGUGGCUUCGUGGCCAGGAGUGCGGGGACGCCUCCUCUUUCUCUGCCUCCGGCCUCGAAGGGUGGAAACUGAGGCAGAUCGAGGGUGGGGCGAUCAGACGGGGGGUUGAAGAGGGAGAAAUGCUGUUCUUGACAAAACCAAACUUGUUUGGGGUUAGAGAAUGAGGACUGGGGAGGUGCAGAGUAAGAAAACUGAAGUCAAAGACCAUGGGAGAUGCCGCAAAACCUUAUUUUGUGAAACGCGCUAAAGACCGAGGAACUAUAGAUGAUGAGGAUUUCAGAAGGGCUCACCCCCAGCAAGAUUAUUUAAUAAUGGAUGACUAUGUUAAAGGCCAUAGCAGUAAAAUGGAAAAAGGCCUUCCAAAAAAAAAAUUAACACCAGGGAACUAUGGGAAUACCCCCAGAAAAGGACCGUAUGCUGUUUCCAGCAAUCCCUAUGCAUUUAAAAACCCAAUUUACAGUCAGCCCACUUGGAUGAAUGACAACCACAAAGAUCAGAGUAAGAGAUGGCUCUCUGAUGAACUUGCUGGUAAUUCAGACAGCUGGAGGGAAUUCAAACCGGGACCUAGAAUUCCUGUUCUAAACCGACCAAGAAAAGACUCCUUUCAAGAAAGCGAAGAUGGAUAUAGGUGGCAGGAUGGACGAGGCUGCAGAACUGUAAGACGACUGUUUCAUAAAGACUUGACAAGCCUAGAAACCAUGUCAGAAAUGGAAGCAGGAAGCCCUGAAAACAAGAAGCAGAGAUCCAGACCUCGGAAGCCACGGAGGUCUAGAAAUGAGGAAAAUGAGCAGGACGGAGACUUGGAAGGCCCCGUGAUUGAUGAGUCUGUGCUUUCAAUGAAAGAGCUCCUGGGCUUACAGCAGGCAGAGGAGCGAUUAAAGAGAGACUUCAUUGACAGGCUCAAAAGGCGACCAAGAAACUACCCUACAGCUAAGUACACCUGCAAACUUUGUGAUGUUUUAAUUGAAUCCAUUGCAUUUGCCCAUAAGCAUAUCAAAGAGAAGAGGCACAAGAAAAACAUUAAGGAGAAGCAGGAGGAAGAGUUGCUCACUACGUUACCCCCGCCUACACCCUCCCAGAUAAAUGCAAUUGGUAUUGCCAUUGACAAAGUGGUACAGGAGUUUGGCUUACACAAUGAGAACUUGGAACAGAGACUAGAAAUUAAACGUAUCAUGGAAAAUGUGUUCCAACACAAGUUACCAGAUUGUUCUCUGAGAUUAUAUGGGUCAUCCUGUAGCAGAUUAGGUUUCAGAAAUUCAGAUGUAAACAUCGACAUUCAAUUUCCAGCCAUUAUGUCUCAGCCAGAUGUUCUCUUACUUGUUCAAGAAUGUUUAAAGAACAGUGAGUCUUUUGUUGAUGUUGACGCAGACUUCCAUGCUAGGGUACCAGUGGUGGUGUGCAGAGAAAAGCAAAGUGGUCUUCUUUGUAAAGUGAGUGCAGGAAAUGAAAAUGCUUGUCUGACAACAAACCAUUUAACUGCCCUUGGAAAACUUGAAUCAAAGCUGGUUCCUUUGGUGAUUGCGUUUAGGUACUGGGCAAAGCUUUGCAGUAUAGAUCACCCUGAAGAAGGAGGUUUGCCACCAUAUGUGUUCGCCCUGAUGGCCAUUUUCUUUCUGCAACAGAGGAAAGAACCCCUUCUGCCUGUUUAUCUAGGAUCAUGGAUUGAAGGGUUCUCGUUGAACAAACUAGGAAAUUUCAACCUUAAAGAUGUUCAGGAAGACACCGUGGUUUGGGAGUAUGCUGACAAUGCUGCCGGAGAUGCGGAAACAGCAGAACACGAGGCACCAAGAGAAGUGCCUGUUAAGAGGGGACAGGUAUCAUUAAUAUUUGAUUUCAAGCACCAGCCGUCAGUACCAGUUGGGCAGCUCUGGGUGGAAAUGCUUCGAUUCUAUGCAUUAGAAUUUAAUUUGGCUGAUUUAGUGAUAAGUAUCCGUGUCAAAGAAUCAGUGUCUCGUGAAUCCAAGGAUUGGCCCAAAAAGCGCAUUGCCAUUGAAGAUCCCUACUCUGUUAAAAGAAAUGUGGCAAGGACUCUAAAUAAUCAGCCCGUGUUUGAAUAUAUACUUCAUUGUUUAAGGACAACAUAUAAGUAUUUUGCUCUUCCACACAAAAUUACAAAAUCCAGCCUUCCAAAGCCUCUGAAUACUGUCACACGUAUUUCUGAACACCCUAAAGAAGUAGCAAACGUGGGGGCACGAGCAAAAGGUGAUGAACUCAAAAGCUCAGCUUUGGCUCAAGAGCCAGGUGCUGCCAGUUCAGGUGCAAACACCUGCCAGGUACAGCCACUUACAGAGACUGCUGAAAGCUUUGGAGGCCCCCCAACAGAGGAAAUGGGGCACGCGCAUGUCAGCAUCCACCUGGAAAACUGCAGCCGUAUCAGGACAGGGGCCGGUUGUGAUGGUUGUGAGGAUGUUAAAGCACACCGUCAAGCAGCGGGAAGUAAAGCUGGGAGCGAGAGCAAGCAUCCUUUGCCUGCCGAUGAUCAAGGGCCAAGCAGUAGCAGACGUGGAGAGCUUGUCCUCCGUGGCGGCACACAAAAUAAGGAGACAGGUAACACUUUGGAUGUAGAAGACUUCCACAGUCCUACGGCCGACGAGUGUGAUGGAUUCGUCACUUCAGAGGACAAGGCUGAUGUUGAUGAAGAAGGUGUAGAAGGUCCUGAUGAGCUGGAAGAUGCUCUAGGCCACUUUGCCCCUUCAAGACAGGGUCACGUGUCAAGAAUCAUUCAUUCCGAGGAGGAGGAGGAGGAGGAGGACGAGGAAGAGGAGGACGAUGAAGAACCCAGGCUGUCCAUUCCCCGGAGGGAAGAUGAGGACGACUUGGCAAAUGAAGAUGAGUUAGAAAAUCCGUACACAGGAUCAGGGGACGAGGACGCCCUGUCUGAGGAGGACGAUGAAUUAGGCGGAUCUGCUAAGUAUAAAGACCUGAAAGAAGAUGGAAAACAUGUGGACGGGGCUCUACUAAUGGAAUUGAAUAAAAUCAGUCUUAAAGAAGAAAAUGCAUGUGAGGAAAGUUGCACUGCAGAUCAGUCUGAUUUCUUCUAUGAAUUUAGUAAACUCAUCUUCACCAAAGGCAAGUCUCCUACAGUCGUGUGCAGUUUAUGCAAACGAGAAGGUCAUCUCAAGAAGGACUGUCCCGAAGACUUCAAAAGAAUUCAGCUGGAACCUUUGCCGCCACUGACACCCAAAUUUUCAAAUAUCUUAGAUCAAGUUUGCAUCCAGUGUUACAAGGAUUUUUCUCCAACUAUUUUGGAAGAUCAGGCUCGUGAACAUAUUCGGCAAAACCUAGAAAGUUUCAUAAGACAGGAGUUUCCAGGAACUAAAUUGAGCUUGUUUGGCUCCUCCAAAAAUGGAUUUGGGUUCAAACAGAGUGACCUUGACGUCUGCAUGACAAUUAACGGGCUUGAAACCGCGGAGGGGUUGGACUGUGUAAGAACUAUUGAAGAAUUGGCAAGAGUCCUCAAAAAACAUUCAGGUCUUAGAAACAUCUUGCCUAUUACAACAGCAAAGGUGCCAAUUGUGAAAUUCUUCCAUUUGAGAAGUGGUCUGGAGGUGGACAUCAGCUUGUAUAACACACUGGCCCUUCAUAACACAAGGCUCUUAUCUGCUUAUUCAGCCAUUGAUCCCAGAGUGAAAUAUUUAUGCUAUACCAUGAAAGUGUUUACAAAGAUGUGUGAUAUUGGUGAUGCUUCUAGAGGCAGCUUAUCGUCAUACGCAUACACGCUUAUGGUGCUAUAUUUUCUCCAGCAGAGGAAUCCACCAGUCAUUCCUGUCCUUCAAGAGAUAUACAAAGGUGAAAAGAAACCUGAAAUAUUUGUUGAUGGCUGGAAUAUUUAUUUUUUUGAUCAAAUAGAUGAACUGCCCACCUAUUGGCCAGAAUAUGGGAAAAAUACAGAAUCUGUUGGGCAGCUAUGGUUGGGACUUCUUCGAUUCUACACAGAAGAAUUUGAUUUUAAAGAACAUGUUAUUAGCAUCAGGAGAAAAAGUCUCCUUACAACUUUUAAGAAACAGUGGACUUCAAAAUACAUUGUAAUUGAAGAUCCCUUUGAUUUGAAUCACAAUCUUGGAGCUGGAUUAUCGAGGAAAAUGACAAAUUUUAUAAUGAAAGCAUUUAUUAAUGGUAGAAGAGUGUUUGGUAUUCCAGUCAAAGGAUUUCCGAAGGACUACCCAUCAAAAAUGGAAUACUUUUUUGAUCCAGAAGUGCUAACUGAAGGAGAGCUGGCACCAAAUGAUAGAUGUUGCCGAAUUUGUGGGAAAAUUGGACACUUCAUGAAGGAUUGUCCUAUGAGGAGAAAAGUGAGGCGGCGGCGUGAUCAGGAAGAUACCCUGAACCAAAGAUACCCUGAGAACAAAGAGAAGAGGAGCAGAGAGGACAAAGACAUUCAGAACAAGCACACAGAGAGGGACGUGUUGACAAAAGAAGAGAAGCCCAUGCAGUGCACGCCUCAGAAAGCCAAGCCAGUGAGGACAGCUGUCGACCUGGGCAGAGAGAAAAUCCUCAGGCCACCAGUGGAAAAAUGGAAGAGGCAGGAUGACAAAGACUUACGAGAAAAACGUUGUUUUAUUUGUGGAAGAGAAGGGCACAUUAAAAAGGAAUGCCCGCAAUUUAAAGGCUCUCCAGGUAUGUCUAAAUCAGAUUGUGUGUUUGGAUCCCCUUCUCCACCUAGUCCCUUGAGACCAACUGGCACAUUUGCUCAGGCAGUGCUUUUACAUGAAGACAAAAAGAAACAAAAAACAACCAUAUUUUUGAGUCCCCAGUCAGGUAGCCUUUCCAGUAAAUAUAUGACUCAGGGAAAAGCCUCAGCGAAGAGGACCCAGCAGGAAUCAUGAGGGAAGGAAAAUGCAGCACUCUAAAUGGCCACUCAGGCGGUCCCAUUCUCUUUGAAAUUAGGUUCAUUUCACAGGACACAGCAGUGUAGAUCAGGCUUCUACUUAACACUCUAGGGAAAUGUCAGAUUUUUUUUUAACUUAAUGAAAUUGUUAAUGAGGAAAAAAAAAUUAACAGAGUCUUAACCUACGACAAAUCCCCAUAGAUAUAAGGAUUUUAAGAGAAAGCCAUGACGUAUGUAUUUAAGCCAGGUUUUAUUUUUUUUUAAGCCAGGUUUAAAAAAAAAAAAAAGCAUAAUUGUGGGCCAGUAUUCAGUGAAUACAAUUUCAUGGUUUUUAAUUCUUUCAGAGCACACUAAAACUGGUGUGCUGAUAAACCCCUAGUAAAUUACCCCUUUUUUUCCAUCUAUAAAUCCCUUUUUUGUUUUGAAGGGGGGAGAUUAUAUUUAUUGUUGUUUACUGAAUCCUUGUGUGAAAGCAUAUCAAAUAUGUGUGAACCGCUACUACUGUAUUUACUACGAUUUACAAGCCGAUUUCAUUGAUAUUUGUAGAAGUGAGGACGCGAACACGCGUACAUAUUUGUGUGAGCCUUCCGGGGUAUGCAGCGCCACUGAGGGGCUUUGGUUUCUUCCCCCUCUCUAAUUUUAGGUUGACAUAAAAUUACUAUGCUCCUACAAAUGAAGUAAGGGAAACGAAUAGUCCUGUUUGCUGCUAAAAACAUUUUCAAAGGAAAAACGACAAAAUAUAGAAGUGCUUUUUACUUUUUAUGAUACUCUGAAAUUAGGGUGGAGAACUUUUAAAACUCCCUGAAGAUGAAAGAGGCCAUCUCUGCCAAUCACAAGUUUGAUUGGUGUCAUUUUGGGGUCUGACUGGAGCCCUCCUGGAACUGUUUCUCUAACUCCACAAGCCCUUCCAGAAGUAGUACGUGGCCAGAACUAUGCCUCGGUUUAUUUAUCAUUUUGAAAUAAAAUCAGAAUUUCAACCUGUAA